AUAUUUCAUUCCCUGUGCCAACGUCUCACAUUGCCUUCCUGUAGUGGAGGAAAACGAGUGGAGUCCACUUUCUCAGGCUCUCCACCCUCUCCCAGGCGCUACAGGUGAGCUAACCCCUCCCCCCGGGUGCCAGUAUAUAGACACUGAACCAGUAUCAACCUAACACUUCCAGCCAAGCCAAGCGGUCUCCCACAGUGCUAAAGGAAACAUCAUACUGACGGCUUCAUGGCAUCCAGCUACUCGGUGCGGAGCUUUUCCGUGGGCCGCCAGCCCUCCUUCUCCAGCCUGUCGCUGCGGGAUAGCGGGCGCAAGCGGUCGGUGGCCUCCGCCGUGUCUUUCUCCAGUCCGCUGACGCGCUCAGCCUCGGUCAGCCACGACCUCAACGUGCUGUCGCACAACGGCCUGGGCAACAGUACCAAUGAGAAGGAGGCCAUGCAGAGCCUCAACAACCGGCUGGCCAACUACCUGGACAAGGUGCGCACGCUGGAGCGCUCCAACGCCGACCUGGAGUUGAAGAUCAAGAAGCUGAUGAUCGAGCGCGUGCCCAAGGGCCACGACAUUGACAGCAUGAUGGCCCAGGCCCAUGCCCUGGAACAGGAGUUGAGGAAGAAGACACUGGAGAAUGCUCGACUCAUGCUGGAGAUUGACAAUGCCAAGCUGGCUGCUGAUGACUUUAGGAUCAAAUGGGAGGCCGAGAGUGCCAUGACCCAGUCUGUGGAGAGGGACUGCAUAGCCCUGAAGAAGGCCAAGUCUGACCAUGACCAGAUCAAUGCCAGUUUGCGGGGUGACCUGGACAGUCUAAAGGAAGAACUCUACUUCCUGAAAAAGAAUCAUGAGGAGGAAAUGGAUACAUGGAGAUCUCGCAUUGCAUGUGAGGAGGUGAACGUGGAGGUGGAUGCAGCGCGCGGGCCAGAGUUGGGUGCUGUCCUGUCAGAUCUGAGGUCACAGUAUGAGGGCAUCGUCCGGAAGAACAAGGAGCAGGCAGAGCUAUGGUACCGCAAGAAGGUCAGGAUUCCAGGAUCCAGGACUCCUGGAUCUCUUUGUUUUAAUCUAAACCUGGACAUAGUGCAGACGGAGGUGAAGGAGAGCAACGAGGCACUGCGCAGUGCCCAGAACGAGCUCAGCGAGAGACAGCGCUUCCUGCAGACCUUGGAGGUGGAGCUGGAGAACCUCCACAAACAGCUGUCAACUCUGGAGGGUAACCUGGGGGAGACGAAUCAGAAGUAUGCGCUGGAGAUGGACCGUCUGCAGGCCACGCUCUCACAGCUGGAGGAUGACCUGUCACAGCUGCGCCUGGACAUGCAGCGCAACAAGACCGACUACGAGCAACUGCUGCGCAUCAAGCAGAACCUGGAGAUGGAGAUUGCCACCUACAGGAGACUGCUCGAGGGAGAGGAAGGGAUGAAAGAGGUCCCACCUCCACCAAAAAAGGAGCCUGAUGUUAGAACCAGGAAGAUAGUAAAGGUGGUCACCCAGACCAUGAUCAAUGGUAAAGUGGUCGAUGAAUCAAGUGAAGUUGAACAGAUCGAGGAAACCAAGAAGUGAGGAGAAAGCAACUACUCACAUCUAAGAUUUUGCCCCCUUGUACCUUAGAUAAUAGGGACCAAUUGUAAGACUGGACACAUAUGCAUGCAUGCACACACACACACACACACACACACACACACACACACUUCAGUAGUCUAUACCUUUGCUAAUAUCUGUUCUGUAGCCUCAUAUACUGUAGACAUACUGUAGAAUAUAGUUCUAGGUAGGUUUUAAGACGUUAGAUAAAUCAGUCCAUUAUUUCCCACAGUGAUUGAUUUGUUUUCUAACCUAAGGUAUUUAUUUGUGUCUUGGAAGCUUUUAGUGUACUUGCAAUAUCACUCCAAUUUGUUAUUGUUGUACUAAAUAAAGAAAUUAUACACAAA